AUGACCCGCUUGCUCUACGUCACGCUCUUGGCCGUCUCGUUGGUGUCGGCCACCCCUCUUUCUACUUAUCAUGACUCGCCACGCCGCGUUUCGGGCAUGACCGUGGCCCCCCUUUAUGUGGAGGAGCACCCGCAUGGGACUGUCAACAACUCGUACAUCAUCAUGCUCAAGGAUGGCACCGCGCCCACACUCUUGGCAAAUCACAUGAACUUUGUCCAGACCGUGCACGCGGCGGACCCAGAGGCAGACGCGUUUGCGGGCCUGACGCAUGUUUACGACGGCCACAUCCUCGGCUACGCCGGCAAGUUCAGCAAGAACGUCAUCGACCACAUUCGGAUGAUGCCCGAGGUCGACUACGUCGAGCACGACCAGGUCGUCCGGACGCUCGAGGUUGAGCGGCACACCGACUUUGAGACCGAGAAGCAUGCCACGCAGAAGGGCGCUCCUUGGGGUCUUGCUCGCAUCAGCCACCGUGCUAAGCUCACGUUCAGCACCUUCACCAAGUACGAGUACGAUACCGACGGUGGUGCCGGCGUCGACGUCUACGUCAUCGACACCGGUAUCAACACCAAGCACGUCGAGUUCGAGGGACGUGCCUCUUGGGGCAAGACCAUCCCCCAGAAUGACGUCGACGAGGACGGCAACGGUCACGGUACCCAUUGCGCGGGUACCAUUGCCUCGCGCAAGUACGGUGUUGCGAAGGCGGCCAACGUCAUCGCUGUGAAGGUCCUCGGCAGCAAUGGCUCCGGCACCAUGUCCGACGUCGUCGGGGGUGUCACCUGGGCCGCGAAGGCCGCCGCCGAUAAGGCUAAGGCCGCCCUCGAGGAGUUCAGGCGCACCGGCAAGACUUCGCACAAGGGCUCUGUCGCCAACAUGUCCUUAGGUGGUGGCAAGUCGCGCGCGCUAGAUGAUGUCGUGAACCGCGCCGUCGACAAUGGAAUCCACUUCGCUGUCGCAGCUGGCAACGACAACAAGGACGCGUGCAACAACUCGCCUGCUGCUGCGGAGAAGGCGAUCACUGUCGGCGCGUCGACUCUUGGCGACGAGCGUGCGUACUUCUCGAACCACGGCCCCUGCGUCGAUGUUUUCGCUCCUGGCUUGAACAUCCUCUCGACCUACAUCGGCAGCAAUUCGUCGAUCACGACCAUGUCCGGCACGUCGAUGGCCUCGCCCCACACCGCUGGCCUGCUCGCGUACCUCCUAUCGCUUUACCCGUCGGUGACGUUCAACCCCUCGGUCGCGCCCGACCUUGCGGCUCUCAAGGUCCAGAGCCUCUCGACGCCGUCGCUCGCCAACGCGUACGCGCUUGCGUACCAAGCGAUGCCCUCGUGGGUCGCGACGUUCCUGCCCCCGCCCGAGCUCGUCUCACAGGAGCCCGCAUUCGCGCCGGUGCCGAACCCCACGCUGUCCCCAGCGCAGCUGAAGAAGGCACUCCUAGCGCUCGCUACUGAGGGCGUCUUCAGCGAGCUUCCUUCGGGCACGCCGAACCUGCUCAUCUACAACAACGCUACGAUUGCGUGAGCGUGAGCUUGAUGAGCGCGGGUUGUCGAUACCUCCUGUGGACGGAU